AUGGCAUCGGAAAUUAAUGCAUCUUCAGGAAUGGAUACGGCAAGAGAGACAAACAAUUCCUCGGAUCAAGACCGUGUUGAUCAGCCUCGUACGGAUGAUACGUGCCAAGCAAAGUUUCACAAGGUGUUAAAUGCGUUUCUUAACCGUGGCUUUAAGAUCAACAAUGAUGUCUAUCUGGAGAUGAUUAUCAGUCACCUAUCCGGCAAGUAUUGUGAAGAUCAUAGGAAGCUGGUGAAAUCUCCGGAAGUGUUCCAAUGGCUGGAAACAAUGUUAAAGCAGUGGGAAAGUGAUCGACCUCCCGCUACAGAUAUUGCCGCCUUCACGCUGCAGCUGCUAGGAAUGAUCGUGGAGAAUGAGUGGGAUUUUUCACGCAUACAAAACGGAAGCCGUAUGUUGGAUCGUUUUCAGGAGUGUAUACAGCGUAACGGAAAGAUGCAAAAUCCUUCCAUCAAGCUUGGCCACGUGCUGGUGCUGAAAGCAAUCUCCCGUCAUGCAAUGGGGAUGGCCUGGAUUAAGCAAUCCGGUUCUUGGCGGAUCUGUCUAGAUUACUACAAUGGCUAUCAGACAAUCUAUAUAACACGCGAAACAUCACUCUUUAUUUACGAAGUUUUGGAGCGCUUUUGCGCAAUGGGAGACUAUGAGGAGGCGAAGGAAAUCGUUCGUACUAUUUUAUCGCCACUGAUUGAUUGUGUGUGGAAAAGUCCCGAACAAGACGACGCGGUACUGGUGAAUGAUUAUCAUUCACAAAAAAUUAUUUCUCCAUUACUGAACCUUAUGCAAACGCUGUUUCGUAAAAUCAUCGAAUCCAAACAACGCACACGGGUAGCGUACUUUAUUCUCUACACGUACAAAUUCGAGCGAAAUCUCUGGAAGUUCACUGACACCAUCCAUGAUCACACGUACUUGGCCAAAAUUUGGCAAACGCACAUUUUCGCCAACUGUGCUCGGUUGUGCACGAUGGAAAUUCCGCCGGAAGAUACGUUUGCCGUAGAUCUUACCUUCGAUCGAUACACCAUAAACUUUCUAAACUACGUAAACUUUUCCAUCAGACGCGGUAACGUUCAGAACGUCAUGCUGAUGGCCGAAACACAUCACGCUCUAUGGCGCAUUCUUGGCGAUCGUGCUCCGGAAGAAGUGGUGUUGAAGAAUCAGAGCAUCCGUUUCGGUGAUCAAAUAUUGCUGCUGCAGCUCUUUCCCGUUGUGUACGAAAUGCAAUGCUUUGCCACGAAAGAUUUGCCGGAUUAUAUCGAAAAGUUUUGCACCCAGCUGUACGACAUCGCUUGCGAAUUCACUAUUCGGCUGAUUUACGCUUGCCGAGACAUUUUCCAGGCAUACAAUUUGAAUGUAACCGAGCUGGCGUGCAAAUCCAUUCAGGGUAUUGUGACAACUCACAAGCUACCGCGCCCACGGGCAGUUAUCGCGUUCCAAGCAUUCGUUUACUUACUGAAAGAGUUCCUUCCCGAUAUGUGUUGCUCGGUUGAGGGAGAAAACAGGGUCUUCGGUAAGGCGGAUCUUAUGCUGAGCAAACCCAAUCUCCUGUCGGCUAUAAUCAAUGGGCUAAUGUCGUUGAUCGAUAAUUUCAAAAUCACCUGGAAAGAAUGCAUCGAAUCGACGGCGAUAGUUAAUUUUAUGUUGAAUUUGCUUGCCAAUCCAAAUCUUCCUUCUAGGCUGGUCGUACUGGCGCUAAAGCUCACGCAAACCUCUAUCGAACACUUUUUGGCACCGAAUCUUGCUCUACUGAUGGAUAACAUUUCCGGAUCGGGACUAGAACACGUCGGUCACAUCAUAUACAAACGCUUGCAUGAUCUCAGCUGGGAAGCCAGAGAUUCGGCUCUUGAGUUGCUCGCAUCGAUCGUCACCAUUUCGGAAAUCAAAUUUCCCGCUUUUCAAAAGCAUAUUCUAGAUUGUGAUAUCAUCCCAGUGGUAGAAGCUGCAGCAAAGAACGAUACCGAAGCGUAUGUUCGUGCUUCGGCCCUUCGCUGUCUGACACUCAUGGUCAAGAUCCGUUUGCUGUGGGACCAUUCCUUAUCGAAGCUGUCCUUGAUGAAUCACCUGAUUGAUGUGAUCGACAAUGAAAGUGAAGGUGUGGUUCGCCGUGAAGCAGUGAAUGCGGUGAGGGAAAUUUACGCUAACCAUAAAAUACAACCACAAUGCUUAGAUAGUGUAUUUUCGGUGCUGGCACAUGCCGCCGCGAGCGAUCUGUACUGGGAAGUAAAGAUCAAUGGGCUUCAGUUUUGGCGCCUUGUCAUGUGUCGACAAUUUCAGCACCAAGGUAUGAUUGACGGUACCUUUCCGGCUGUAACAUUCUCGAAGGAGCAUAAAAAAAUCGUUACACUUACCGAUCGUGAAAUUCAAACACGCCUUAUGAAGGUACUUAAUGAACUUUCGUUGCGCGGUUGCCUUGGAGUACUGCUUGCUUGCCUUGGAGACGAUUGUGAUCUGGGCGUAGUCAAGGAAACGAUAGCAAUCAUAGAUAAACUGAUGGCACACUUGAACAAGUACAACUUUCUCGACUACUACCAGGUUCUAUCUGGUACUGGAACAUCUGCGAAUCCGUCGGGAUCGAAAGGAGACUCUUCGGCUUCCCCGGCAAAUGCCACUAUGCUGGGUUUAGCUGUUAGUUCCACUACACUACAUGCUUCAUCUACGUCCGGUAGGCUGUCUGUUAUCGACACUAACUACUCUGAGGUAAAACCCCCUGAACGAUCAUCAAUGGAAAUGAACACUUCACAAAAUCCGAUCCUUCUUCCAUAUGAGCAGAGUACGGUAACAUCCACGGGGCAACCGAAUGCUACUGGGGCAGGUGUUAUACCUCCUAGGCAACAGCGUAGAAAUGAUGCCGAUUACAACAGUGGCAACGUUGCGUGCAGUACUGCUAAUGCGGAUGAAAUAAUUGAUUCUAUCGUAAACCUUAACGAUAUGAAUCUACUGUCGGUGACUUACAACCCACACAUGACGACCGUAGCGACAGGAUACGGUCGCCAAACAGGGGACGAUUGUGGUUGCGAUGAGACGCUCCGGCAUGCUGACCUUUUCCGACAGUAUGCUUCCGUUAGUGCCGAAGAGUUUUUGACUCGUGUACAAACCCUGGAACUAUCCGCGAUCGUGGCGAGUCGACAGCAGUGGCUAGAGAAUACGGAAAGUUUUGGAUCCCUUUUGGAUGACGUUUUGUUUUCGUAUUACGCGGCCGACGUAAAUGAUGCGGACUGCUACUAA